GCCAUGUCUGCAGCUAACAGCCUUUCGAGUUUUUCUGAAUUAUUUCCCUGCUGAAACAAUAAUUUAAACACAUUUUGGAAAGAAAUUUGGAACUCAACGGACAAGCCUACAAACUUAUUAUGGAGUUCUAUCAUUUCCUCUGGUUUUUCUCUAUAAUAACCUGCUCAAGUUCACAGUCAGUUGUCAAUGAAAACCCAGACCUGAAUAAUAGCUCUUAUAACCGGGAGUGGAUGAAGUUUAUACCUGAAGAGACCCCACUAUCUGCUAUCGCUAUCCCUGGAACACAUGAAAGCUUAACAUUAUACAAAGGACUAUUUGCAAGUUAUUUGCAAAGUCAAGUUUGGAAUUUGAAAGACCAACUUAAUGUAGGAGUACGAUAUUUUGACUUGCAUUCUAGAAAUUGGAUUCCUAAAAAAACCAUUUAUGUUGGGUAUAGUCACUGGAUGAUUGGGGAAGAAAUUCCCUUGGGUGCAGUUCUUAGAGAUAUUCUUGAUUUUUUAGAAAACUACAGUAGUGAGACUGUGAUUCUAAAAGUGACAUUCCAUAAGUUAUUUUUUCCUAAUAACAAGGAUGCUGAAAAUUUGAUGAACGAAAUAAUUUACAAAUUCCAAAGUAAAAUAUGGAGAAAUACACUAGCACCAAAAAUGAAGGAUGCAAGGGGUAAGAUUGUUUUUCUCAAGACUGAUGUGUUUCGAGCUGGAACAGAAAGCCAUGACUCACAUUUCUUUGAACAUAAUAGCCUCACAAAUGUGGAAAAAAAAAUAAAGAAUAUCAAGUCAAACCUCUGUAAACAUCACAUUAUGGUGACUGAAGCGUCAGCAUCAACUACUGAGAAACCAAUAAAACUGGCUCAAAAAGUUAACAAACAGCUUGACAACUUUCUGAAGCAACACAGAACCAGUUCGGAAAAUCAUGGUUGCUUAGGUGUCAUAAGUAUGGACUUCCCCAGUGCUGAAGUUAUUAAAAAAAUCACUGAACUCAAACCAUGUAAAUGUGGACACGGAGAAGGAACAGGACAAAGUGGAAAGGAGGGACCAGCAGCUGUACCAACAACUAAACUGACAACGUCACCUGUAGCCACAACUUCACCUGAACCAACAACUAGAAUAAUAAUCAUACCCAGACCUUCAACUGAACCAGCAUCAGCACCUACAACUUCACCUGAACCCACAACUUCACCUGAACCCACAACUAGAAUAAUAAUCAUACCCAGACCUUCAGCUGAACCAGCAUCAGCACCUACAACUUCACUUGAACCCACAACUUCACCUGAACCCACAACUAGAAUAAUAAUCAUACCCAGACCUUCACCUGAACCAACAGCUUCACCUCAAAUAACAACUUCACCUAUACCAUCAACCUCACUUGAACCAACAACUUCACCACAACCAAUUUCACCUGAACCAACAGCUUCACCUGAACUAACAACUUCACCUGAACUAACAGUUUCACCUGAACCAUCAACUUCACCUGAACCAACAGCUUCACCUGAACCAAGAGCUUCACCUGAACCAACAACUUCACCUGAACCCACAACUUCACUUGAACCAACAGCUUCACCUGAACCAUCAACUUCACCUGAACCAAAAGCUUCACCUGAACCAACAGCUUCACCUGAACCAACAACUUCACCUGAACCAAAAGCUUCACCUGAACCAACAGCUUCACCUGAACCAACAACUUCACCUGAACCAACAACUUCACCUGAACCCACAACUUCACUUGAACCAACAGCUUCACCUGAACCAACAGCUUCACCUGAACCAUCAACUUUACCUGAACCAAAAGCUUCACCUGAACCAUCAACUUCACCUGAACCAACAGCUUCACCUGAACCAACAACUUCACCUGAACCCACAACUUCACUUGAACCAACAGCUUCACCUGAACCAACAGCUUCACCUGAACCAUCAACUUUACCUGAACCAAAAGCUUCACCUGAACCAUCAACUUCACCUGAACCAACAGCUUCACCUGAACCAACAACUUCACCUGAACCCACAACUUCACUUGAACCAACAGCUUCACCUGAACCAACAACUUCACCUGAACCAACAGCUUCACCUGAACCAACAACUUCACCUGAACCAACAACUUCACCUGAACCCACAACUUCACUUGAACCAACAGCUUCACCUGAACCAACAACUUCACCUGAACCAACAACUUCACCUGAACCAACAGCUUCACCUGAACCAUCAACUUCACCUGAACCAACAGCUUCACCUGAACCAACAACUUCACCUGAACCAACAACUUCACCUGAACCCACAACUUCACUUGAACCAACAGCUUCACUUGAACCAUCAACUUCACCUGAACCAAAAGCUUCACCUGAACCAUCAACUUCACCUGAACCAACAACUUCACCUGAACCAACAGCUUCACCUGAACCAUCAACUUCACCUGAACCCACAACUUCACUUGAACCAACAGCUUCACCUGAACCAUCAACUUCACCUGAACCAAAAGCUUCACCUGAACCAACAACUUCACCUGAACCAACAACCUCACAUGAACCUACAACUUCACCACAACCAACUGCACCUCAACUAUCAACUUCACCUGAACCAACAACUUCACCAGAAUCAAAAAAAAUGGGACCAACACAUUAUUCUGUGCUUCCUGAACCAGUAAUUGAUUCACAUCCUGUUGUUCCCCCUGUCACACAGCGUAAGAAAGAGCACAAAUUAGAUACACACUGGAGAAGGCGCAAGUGCUUUAGAGGAUAAGUGGAGUAAUAAAUGUAACAGUAAAAGUAAUACUUAAGUAAUAAUUAUUUGUAAUAAAUUACAGAAAAGAAAUACAAUUGUGUCUGUAAACAAAUGUCUUAGAAAUGGGAAAAUGAAAAUUCUAUUAUAGUGACAGUGAUGAAUUAAA